AUGUUUAAGCCUCUGUCAACGGCGUACUCAAAGGAGCUUACAACACACCUUCACAGUGGCCAGGGCCUAUCAGUGAUCAAGAAGAGCGACUUCUUCCACCUGUUCUGGAAGGCCUGGACGAACACGUUUACUCCAGAGCUGAUACUCAGGUCCUUCAAGGCAACGGUCAUAUGGUGCCUCAGGGGCGACGCACCCCCUACCUCACAGUGGGCCUUCCUGGAGUGCCACAGUGCCAUGGAGACACACGACGUCUCAAUCAAAUGGGCCCCUGGGCACCUAGGCAUUGAAGGAAACGAAGCAGCAGACAGACUUGCCAACCUAGAAGCCCAGCACCCAUCACCCCCGACUGGAAUAGCGGCUAUGCCUACACUCUCAGGCAUCAAGACAAUAGCCCGCAAGAUGCUACAGCACACGCAACAAACAUGGUGGUCUAACAAGAAGACUAAGCUCUCAAAAUGGUACAAGAGCUAG